AUGCAUUGUACAGUACUGAUGCAGAGGGGAAUUCCAUCAUUUGUUCCCUUUAGUGCUCUUCUUCUCCAAAUCGUUGCCAUACCGACCAGAGGCGGUUGUGUUGUAGCUAGUCAUGUGAUGAGCAAUCUGCGCUUCCGCCACCGGAACCGUUCACCAGGGCCUUCAUCACAGGUCAAUCCGUCUAAACCAUCUUCGGCACAACGAUCCGUACUGUUCUCAUGGCCGUUUCUUUUGAUAUUGGCUCAGUCCGCCGUCAUCCUGGUUCUACUCAGGUUUCUGAACUCUCCUUCUUCCUUACCUGUUUCAGCUCAAACUGAUUUUUCGCCUUCAAUCCCAACUUUGAGAAAAGGGAAGGAUGACACCAACAUCCGGUUUGACUGUUUUAUCACAAUAUAUGCAUACGAUCGUCCACGACAGCUAUUCGCAUUACUGUCAGACAUCGCUCGUGAAGCGGAUUCUUCCCGCUUGCAAAUUGGCGUCAACGUUAUUGAUGACAACUCAUAUGGGUGUACGUUUGAUCCUGUCGGCGAGAAUGUUUUCGAAAGCGCAACCUCUGGAAGCGUUGAACUCAAUCUUGUCGAAGUCCCGCUUGAGAACCCUUCAGCAUUGCCAUGCACUGCACGUCAUCGCUUUUUUUACGUAGAAGAGUUGCUGCAUCAACGAAAAUGGCGAAUGUACGUCGCGAAGUACAGGCAUGCCCGGAGACGAUAUUGGCAUCUCGUCAGAAUGGCUCACAAUCUCUUGCGUCCUGUUACCUCCGAGUACUACUUAUUUUUGCCAGAUGAUGAUCGCCUCGCUACCGAUUUCUUUGAUAACGUCUUGGGGUUGUGGCGUGCACUGGAUGAUACAAGAAAGCUUACAAUGAUGCUGCAUGUAGAAGAAACGAGAGAGCGAGUACCAGUGUGGACAAAUUUUAAACCUCGCACUGUUGGUGGAGGGUUACAAAGGAUUGGGUGGGUCGAGUCUGGCAACUUUCUAUGCACAGAAGAUUUCUUGCGAUUCAUGAAUUGGUCGUUUCCGCGAGUACCAGUCAAGCGAUGGAUAGACAACCCGACCAUAUCAUCUGGAGUUGGUGCUACCUUUUCUGAGAUCAUUUAUAGCGCCGGUUUCAGAAUGUUUCGAACACAAAAGUCUUUUGUAGCCCAUGUUGGAGUUGCAAUGUCAAAGAUGAAUGCAGAAUUUCGACAAAAAAAUGUCGGUGCCCUCUUCACGAAGUACUUUGCUGAUGGUGAUGAUAGCUACGGAGCUUUGCUCGCAGAGGCUGCCACUGUCACAGUAUCAAUCGCAUCCCAAUGGAUACGAGAACCGGCUCUGCAUUCUUCCGUCCAUAGUCUCGCUUCUCAAGUUGAUCAUAUGAAUGUGUACCUGAACGGUUACGACUCAGUACCGCCGUUCCUGAUGGCACCGUACGUCACAAUUAAGCGCAGCCAAGACCAAACAUCAAAAGGAGAUAUAGGCGAUAUCGGAAAGUUCUUCUGGUGCAAUGACCUGACAAGCGAAUUCCAUCUAACUGCUGACGACGAUAUUUUCUAUCCCCCUGACUACGUCGAAAAACUUCUCAGUUUCUGGCACUCUUUCAAAAGCCCAGUUGUUGUGGGUGUCCACGGAAUUCGUAUCAAACAAGAGAACCUCACACCUUCAUCAGGACAUCGAGGAAAAGGAUAUUAUGGUUCACGAGAAGUGUGGAUGGCAACUGAAAGCGUAAAGAAGCCAGUCAAUGUACAUAUCAUCGGCACAGGGACCAUGCUAUACCGAGCGAAAGAUAUUGGGACCAUAGAUGUGGCCGAUGUAUUCAAACAACCAAAUAUGGCCGACGUAUGGUUCGGACUUUUGACACAGAAGCUUAAACUCCCAAUGAUGGUCCUACCUCACCCUGGCGGUUGGAUUCGCGAAGUCCCUGGAACCUUUGAAGAUUCCAUUUACAAAAAGUCUACUCGCAGCCGACAUGCCGAGCGGUACCAGACGGAAGCCGCGAAGAGUAUCCCACAAUGGACACUAUAUUCCACCGAUACGGGAGGUUCGUGA